AUGAAAAAAAGACAAAAAAUUGAUUCGUUAAAUAAUGCAUCUAUCCCAAAAAACACAAUUUUAAGUGAUAAUGAUAAGAAGCAUAUAUAUCCAAGUAUAGCAAAUUCACCAAUUAUUUUUAAUAAUGAUCAAAUCAUAUAUGGAUAUGGUAAUACAUUACUGAUUUUUUGCAAAAAAGAGAACAAAUUUAUAAAGACAAUUAAAGAACAUAAAAAUGCUAUUAGAUCAUUAGAUAUAAGUGAAAAUAAAAAGUAUUUCUUAACAACAGGAGAUGAUAAAGUUAUAAUAAUUUAUGAAGAAAAUUGGUCUAUAUUUCACAAAAUAUUACAUAAAAAGAAAAUUGUUAAAGCGUAUUUCUUAAAAUAUAUUGAAAAAGAAACAAAUAAAUUUGAAAUAUUAUUUAUUGAUAAAUAUGGAGAUGUAUAUAUAUAUGAUUUAAAUAAUUUACAUAGCACAAGUAAUUUAAUAAAUGAAAAAAAAAUUAUAGAGGGAGAAUCCAUAAUAGAAGAUAAAACUAUUGAAAAAUUAACUUAUUUAUAUGAUUCAUUAAAUGAAGUUAAAGAAAAGGAUGAGGAUUUAUUUUUUAUGAAAGAUUUUGAACAUAUAUACAAUGAAAAUUUAGAAGAUUUGGCAUUAAAUAAUAAUGGUGGUAUAAAAAAUGAUAUAGAGUUGAUUAAAAAUGAUUAUAACGAAGCAUUAAAUCUAAAAAAUGUAAAAAAAAUGAAUGACAUAAAAGAAAAAUUAGAAAAACACUAUUUUGAAUGUUUUCAAAAUAAAAAUUUACUAUAUCCAAUACUAACAUGUAAUUCAAUUGUGAUAUCGUUGUAUUAUGAUAAAAAGUUUUUAAUUAUGGGUGAUAGAGAUGAAAAAAUUAGAAUAAUAAAAAAUAAAAAACUUAAUAAAAUAUAUAACUUUUAUUUAAAUCACAAACUAUUUAUUACAUCUGUUCUUUUAAUAAACGAACUAGUAUUUUGUUCAGCUGCAGCUGAUGGUUAUUUAUAUUUGUGGAAUAUUAAAACAAAAGAAAUUAUUGAUUAUAUAUAUCUUGAUUUUAAUUUUUUGUCUAAAUUUGUUGAUUUAAAAUCACUCUUUAACAAUUCCAAUAACUUGGAUAAAUAUAAAUUUAUCAUAAAUAUCUUAAAUUUUAAUGAAAGCAUGUUUGCUAUUUUUGCCACAAUUGAAAAUUUCAAGGGAAUUUUUGUUAUACCACUUGUUAAAAAUGACAAUUCUGCUCUUAUAAAUUUUAAUAAGGAAAAAAUUGUUUUUUAUACAUUAAAUCACAGCAUCUUAUCAUUUAUUCUUUUAAACUUUAACAGUGAAAAUUUUAUUGUUUUUGUUGAUAGAGAUAAAGGAUAUUUACAUCAAAUAAAAUUAAAUGAUGACAACAAAUUAAAUAGUGAAGUCACCACAUUUGAUCAUUCUUUUUUUGAAGAUAAUAAUGAAAUGGAUAUUGGUUUAGUAAAUUAUUGGAAACAUACUACUAUAGAAGAUACUGUAAAUUAA